AGUGGUGAGUGAUGACGGUGGCGGGGUCGGGGUGUUUGCAAUUUGCCGUUCAGUCUCUCUACAUCCCUUAGAUACAGCCAUACAUACUCAAAGACACACUCAACCCCAAACACUCGUAAACUCACUCAAAUACACUCAGAGCCAUCAUAUAUGCACCUAAACACACACAUACAUACGUACAUACACACAGGUGAGGAGUGUUAUUAACGUUAUUCCGGACAAUUUAGCAGCACCAAGCCCCAAGACAAGAGUGAACCAGCAGUGCAAGCCAGGACAACACGCCACCACCACCACAACCCUCCACAGUGCCUCACCAAGGCUCGGGCGUAUAGAUGGAAGCAAUAGAAGGAAGAAAAGGGAGAAACAAAGGAAAUGAAUAAAAAAUAAAGGAGAAAGAGAAACAGAAGAGGAUGAAUAGCCAAGACGCAGUAUUUAGCCCUCCCUCCCACAGGUAUGUCAGGAGGGUGCCACACAACACAGCCUGAAGGUGCAGGAGAGGAAGAGUGAGAUCUGCCCACUUCCCACCACCUGCCCCACCACCACCACUACCCUCCCAACAGCUGCUACUUAACAGUCUCUCCACUGGUUUCCCUGUGUUGACCAAGGACAGGUGUGGAGAUAAACAGCUUGAUAAGGAGCCACUGGAAGCUGAGCCAAUGUCAGAGAGUGAUGGGGAGUGGAGUCCGUGGGGCGGUGAGGAAGAGGAGGUGGAGCAGCCUUUGAUUCAACACCCACACUCACACUCACACCAGAGGUCAGACGCAGCCAUGGGUGACACCAUCCUCACCUCCCCCCUGGUGGGCAGCAGGCCGGCACGUGCUCCCCAGUACUUCACCGCUUUCUCAGCCACUCUUGGGGCCUUUGCAUUGGGCUCUGUGCUGGGUUACUCCUCCCCUGCCGGGUCCAUGCUCAUACACAAUCCCACUCAUGACUCUGUGCACCUGGACAAGAGUCAAAACUCGCUCUUCUCCUCCAUCAUGAAUGUGGGAGCCCUGGUGGGUGGGCCGGUGGGUGGCCUGUGCCUCAACAAGCUGGGGCGGCGGCGCACCAUGCUGGCCUCCAUCAUGCCCUUCAUCAGUGGCUGGCUCAUGAUCACAUUUGCUCAAAACUAUGCCAUGCUGCUGGUGGGGCGUGUGCUGACAGGACUGUGCUGUGGCAUCACCUCCCUCACCGUGCCAACCUACAUCGGCGAGUUCUCCUCCUCGGACAUCAGGGGAACGCUGGGAAGCAGCUUCCAGUUGAUGGUGACGCUAGGCCUGCUGUACGCCUACGUGCUGGGGGCAGUGGUGGCAUCCUGGCGCCUGCUGGCUGGCCUCUGCAUCAUACCUGUCAUCCUGUAUGCCAUACUCAUGUUCUUUGCCAAGGAGUCCCCAAGCUACCUGCUAUUCAAGGGCAAGGAGGAUGAGGCUGCAGCAGCUCUGCAGUACUUCAGAGGGAAGGACAGCCACAUUCAGACUGAGCUGGACAUGCUGCGUGCAUCGGUGGAGGAACGGCAGCAGAGCACGGCCUCCUGCUCAGACCUGCGCAAGCCGUACAUCCUCAAGCCAUUCUUCAUCUCUCUGACCCUCAUGUUCUUCCAGCAGUUCUCCGGCGUCAAUGGCGUCCUCUUCAACCUGACCAUCAUUUUCAGCAGUGCCGGCUCCAACAUAUCAGAUGACGUGAGCUCCAUUGUGGUGGGUGCGGUGCAGGUGAUAGCAACCUUUCUGGCCACAGUGCUCAUGGACAAGGCUGGGAGGAAGCUGCUGCUCAUUGCCUCCUCCUCCAUCAUGGCUUUGUCACUGGUUGCCCUGGGUGAGUUUUUCUACAUGAAGAUGGAGGAUGAGUCAUGGGCCACGAAGAACUUGGGUUGGCUACCUCUGGCAUCCCUCAUGGUGUUCAUCUUCGCCUUCUCCAUUGGUUUUGGCCCCAUUCCUUGGCUCAUGUUGGGUGAACUCUUCUCUCCCGACGUGAAGGAGAUUGCAGCCAGUCAGAGCACCAUGUUCAACUGGUCUCUUUCCUUUCUGGUCACCUUUAUAUUCUCUCCACUUGAGUCUGCUCUUGGUGAUGCCGGCCUGUACUGGCUGUUCUCUGGACUGUGUGUGGUGAGCCUGCUGUUUUGCACUACUUUGGUGCCGGAGACCAAAGGCAAGACUCUGGAGGAGAUCACUGCCUCCUUUGGUGCGCCUGCUCCCUCAGUGACUAUAGGCAGACCCAGCUCCUCCGACUGUUGAUGCUUGGUGGUUUGUGGGAUAGCUGUGUGGGAGUGUUGUUCCUAAGGUUAGCUGUGUAUCAGGGAAGGCAAUGAACAGAACCAGGGUUGGACAGAUCUGAUACACAAAUAAGCUCAUGAAAUAUUUUAUGAAAGCCAAAAAUUUUAAAACAUGUUGAAAAAGAGUUAUUUUAUUUGAAUAUGAGUAUUUAUAUGAAGUCUAAUAGUAUUCUAAGCUCAUGAAAUAUUUGACGAAAGCCAAAAAUUUCAAAAUAUGGUGAAAGAGUUGUUAUUUUAUUUGAAUAUGAAGUUGGUGCUCACAGACAAGUGUUACUGUUAUAUCUACCUGUGUUGUUUUAUAUAUAUCAAUUGUACUUUAUUUAGAGUGCCUAUAUAUUGGUGGUGUUGCCAACCUCAGAAAUGUGGACUUCCUAAACGUAAAAUAUGAGUGUGACUUAAGAAAACUGAAAUUACUCGUAAACUUGAAUGAUUUUCUGAAAUAUUUUGACAUAUAUCUGUUAUCUUCUUUAUGGUGAUUUUAUUUUGUUAUUUCACUGGUGUUAACUUGCAAGCUUUACAUUUUCAUAGCAUUCCCGUGAUAUUUGUGUGCACUUUGCUCUGUGCUCACAGAUCAUCAGUGUUGGUUGUGAUUUCACUGAUUUGCAACAUAUCAAGACAUUUAAUUUAUCCCUCCAUUUCAGCCAACUCUUUCAGACCUCUAAGGGGGACUGUCAACUAAAUGGGCCUGUUUCUCUCUCUCUCUCUCUCUCUCUCUCUCUCUCUCUCUCUCUCUCUCUCUCUCUCUCUCUCUCUCUCUCUCUCUCUCUCUCUCUCUCUCUCUCUCUCUCUCUCUCUUGGCCAGCUUCCCCCUCUUACAUAAAGAUUAAAAAAAAAAGAAAAAAAAGGUCACCCAAAGAUCCCAGGUCUGUGUUGUGCCUGGUGUCAGUGACUUCUUACCCUUCUUGCUGCUGGAGACCCACAGACCUCAACUUUGUGUCCCACCCUGUCCACCUUCCACUCCUCUCAGAUCUUAAUCUUAUCUCUUGCCUUCCUAACCCCUCACAGCCCCCCAACACAUGCCAGACAUUCCACAUCCUGCCAGGUGUGUUAUCUGCUUACACACUGCUCUCAGCCUCUCACUUAUGUACAUUCUCUCUACUUAACACUGCCAAACGUGAUAUUUUACCAUCCCCAUGACUCUCUCUCUCUCUCUCUCUCUCUCUCUCUCUCUCUCUCUCUCUCUCUCUCUCUCUCUCUCUCUCUCUCUCUCUCUCUCUCUCUCUCUCUCUCUCUCUCUCUCUCUCUCUCUCUCUCUCUCUCUCUCUCUCUCUCUCUCAAGCCAGAACAUUCCUUAUCAACAUAUACAUGCAAUCAUUCCUCAAAGCAUAGGUCCAUAUUAGAUGUCUAUUUAUAACAUCUUCACCUCAGACAGAAUGAUCUUUUUUGUAUCUUGUAACAGUGAAAUAUAUUUGAAAUAGAGUGGUGCAAAUAUGUAUUUUGAAA